AUGCCUCAAUCAGCAGGCCGGUCCUCGAAAGAGGCCGACCUCUAUUCCUUCCAGACCCCACCACCGUAUGAAGCUGCCGCCUACCCCCGCGUCCGGACUCGUCGCACCCUUGCCCGACGCCUGAUAUCCGUCCGCUUGCUCUUCGCCGUCUUCCUUUGCGGUGCCAUUACCUGGCUGUGCCUUCUCCUCGAUCGCGAGACGAAGCUCGACCAUGUCGCCCAACACGCGACUUCGUCCGCCCGGCUGACCCGGUUCGAGGAGUCGCUGCAACACUGCGCCUCUCUCAAAACCUUCCCUCAAAGCCCCAACCCGAAGUCGCGUACGUCGAACCCGCGAUGGAACAAGGAGCGCGGCCAGGAGAAGCCUGUUGUGCUUCGCAACGCGACCUUCUUCGACGGCGAGACGAUUGCCUCCGAGCCAAUGGACAUCAAGUUUGAGAAAGGCCUCUUCACCGAGGUGGCGACGACUGCUUCCAAGUCAAUCAGCUCCGAUGGAGCUGUCGAGCACGAUGUGCACGGUCGUUUUGUCACACCCGGUUUGGUUGACAUGCACUCCCACCAUGCAGUCAUGAUGUGGCCUGGCCUGUCUGCCACCGACGACACAAACGAGGUGAACGAAGCCUACGGCCCCUUGACGCCCUUCGUGCGCGUUCUCGAUUCGACCAAGGCGUAUGAUGUGGCCACAGAGAUCAUCAUGUCAGGUGGCAUCACCUCGUCUCUCCUUCUCCCUGGAUCCGCCAAUGUCAUGGGUGGUGAGGGAACUGCGAUCAAGAAUGUUCUCAACUCUGGAGAGUUGGGCGAAUACAUUGUGGAGGAGCUCCUCCUCGAGCACGGAAUCCCCAUCGAAGAGCGCCAUCGAUACAUGAAGCUCGCCUGCGGCGAGAACCCGAAGCGGGUGUACGACCACACUCGUAUGGCCGAUGCUUGGAUUCUCCGUGAGCAAUUCGCCAAGGCCAAAGAGCUUGUUGAAAAGCAGGACGAGUACUGCGAGGCUGCCACGCUCUUGUCGACAGCCUCUAUGGAGGAGAAGCGCCGCUUCAUCGAGCAGUUGGGAAACUUUCCCACCGAGUUGAAGCUCGAGUCUACCGCUGGCAUGCUUCGUGGCCGCGUGGCAAUGCAGAACCACUGCUAUCUUCCUGAGGAUUUGGAGACCAUGCUGCGAGUGACCGGCGAGUUUGGUGUCAAGGUCCGGGCCUUCCACCAUGCCAUUGAAGCGUGGCAAGUCCCUGAGAUGCUGAAGAACUAUGGGGAUAACGUCACGAUUGCCACUUUUGCCGAGUUCAGUCUGUACAAGUGGGAGGCUUACGCUCCCAGCUUGUCUGCAGGUGCAAUCCUCGCCAAGCACGGCGUUCCUGUCGCCUACAAAUCUGACCAUACGUCGGCGGAGCUGAGCGCCAAGUAUAUCAUGUAUCAGGCCGGUGUUGGCCAUUCGUUCCAUUUGCCGGAAGAGCAGGCUCUGCAAUCUGUCACCUCGAUCCCCGCAAAGGCCAUCGACUUGGGUUACCGCAUUGGCUACGCGCGUCCUGGAUAUGAUGCCGAUCUGGUUGUCUGGGAUGCCCACCCCCUUUCUAUCGGCGCGACCCCUCUCCAGGUCUACAUCGACGGCAACCCCCAGCUUAAGCACCAGAUUGUUCAAGAGAGCAUGGGUACGACUUUCAACGAGGCGUCCGCCAAGGUCCCCGCACCGAUCACUCCCAAGAUGCGAACGGAACUCGAGCCAGAGGCGAAGGAAGCCUUUUGCUCCAAGACCAAGAAGAAGGCCACAUUCGUCAUCAACGGCAUCACAACCACCUUCCUAGAGAACCACCCGCAGAUGCCCUCGACCUUCCACGAUGUCAGCGGGGAGAACCUGACCUUGGUGAUCAACAAGGGAGGCAUCACGUGUCUCAACACCUCCAAGAACUGCGCUUCAGAAGUCACCCAGGCAUCAGCAGAAGGCGAAGUCACCACCCUGGAUCUGUCCGACGGCCACGUCCUCCCAGGUCUGACGGCCAUCACAUCCUCCCUCGGUUUGGUGGAGAUUGCGACGGAACCCUCCACUGGCGAUGGCUACGCCGACUUCAAGCGCGACGGCAACGACCCUGAGAACCUUGACUUUGCCAAGUACGGCGUUCAGCUGGAGGGCAAGGCAUUUGCACGCGCCCGCCUCGGUGGCGUCACUCGUGCCAUUUCUCCUCCCGUCAGCGACGCUGGCUUCGUCAACGGUGUUAGCGUCGGCAUCCUCACACGACGGGGCCGCACCCUCCUAGAUGGUGGAAUCUUCAAGCCCGAGGUCGCGUUGCAUGUCACUCUUGAUGAUGGCGCCAAGGCCAGCGUGGGAACCAUCAGCAACGCCGUCAAGAAGCUGCGCAAGAUUCUGGUGGACGGCCAGGGCAAGCACAACGAGACGAGCUUCGGAGAGGUAGCGCACGGCAAGCUGCCGCUCAUUAUCAAGGCUAAUAACCACUGGGACAUCCAGCAAAUCAUCAGCAUCAAGAAGGACUUCCCCGACGUGAACAUUGUUAUUCAAGGCGGUGCUGAGGCCCCUCUGGUCGCCCUGGAGCUCGCCAAAUCCCAGAUCCCUCUCAUUCUCACACAGACUCGUCCUGCACCCGACGAAUUCCGACACCGAGACGCAGUCGUCGGCCCGCCCCUGACGCCUAGUGUCGCCCGACUCUUGAGUGAGGCAGGUGUUUACUUCGCCAUUGCCGUUGUGUCUGACAUCAUGCCAGCCGACUACCGCCUCCACGACCUUGCGCUCGAGGCCUCUUGGGCAGCCAAGUACGCCAACCUCGGAGCCAAGGAGACCGUCCGUCUUGUGUCAAGCAACGUCGAAGACAUUCUCGGCCUUGAGAGGAGCAAGGACAUUGUCAUUUGGGAGGGCAGCCCGCUCCAAUUUGGAGGUACCGUGGCGCUCAGCUUCGAGGAGGGCAAGGAUGGCGAGAUUGAGGUAGCUGCUUGCUGGCCGCAGGAGCACGAUGAGCAGUAG